AUUGAAGGGAAAAUGGCGGAUAGCGUUACAUGGACCGUGAAUAUGUGUUUAAUGUUUCAAAAAAAAUAGCUACUUGUAUCAAUAAAGCUCUGUUUAAAGCUGUUACGGAUUGUCUGAAGUGGCCUGUGAAAGAAGCGCUUUAGAUUUAAACAGGUAACACCAGACUGACAGUUGCGAAGUGUUUCUGUGGUUAGGAGGCACUUGUGAUCCAGAGAAUCUGCAUUUAGUAGGAAAGUUGCAGCGGAAGAUCGCACUUGGGGCCAGCCUGUAAGAUCGACUUCUAAUAAGGAGCAGCACCGGCAUUUGUCAGGAGGCAUGCAGGCUUGGAAUCAGUGGAGCACUGCCGCCGCCGGAUAUGCUGCCGCCGCCGCUGCCCAGGCAUACCCCGCAACUGCAGCGGCUGCAGCCCCCACUGCGGCGGCUACAGCUUCUCCGUACACCAUGCAGUACGGUUACUAUGCUGCCACUCCCACAGCUGCGACCCCUGCCAUUGCCUCGGCAGCUGCAACUGCGACGGAUGUUGCAGCAAACUAUACUGCCUCCCAGCAGUGGAAUGUGAAUCUUGUACAGCAACAAUGGCAGCAGUGGCAGCAAUGGCAACAGCAGUUUCAACAGUGGCAGCAACAGUUUGGGGACAAGUAUCACGAAUCGAUGGCAGCCAUGGGAACAACGCCAGUUCCUGCUGCAACAGUAACUCCAGCUGCACCACCGACAAUGCCACCGCCGGAAGUGGCUGCGCCGCCGCCUCUGCCGCCCCCAGAUACUAAGCCUCCAGUUGCACCAGCUCCACCCCCACCACCUGAGGAAACUGCAGACACUACUGCUACGACCACUGCUUCGAUUACAGAUCCGUACAGGACUGCUGCGCCGAAGCCUCCAGAUGCACCGCCUCCCACUCCUGUUACAGUGCCUCCACCACCAAUGACUGAUCCGUACGGUGCUGCUGUGACGGCGGGUUACAGUACUGCGUCCAGCUAUGGGACACCGUACGCGAUGCCGCCUCCCACCCAACUGCCACCUAUGCAACAGCCGCCUCCUGUCCAACAGCCACCUCCUGUCCAACAGCCACCACAUGUGCAACAGCCCCCUCCCGUACAGCAGCCCCCACCUCCCGUCACCGCCGCUCCCCCUCCUUCUGUACCACCGAUGACUGGCGGCUGGGGGGACACAACUGCUAUGGGAGGAUAUGGUGUGGGCAGCAAAAGACCAUAUGACGCGACUGGGGAGCCACCCCCACAGUUUUCCCACCCACCACCCAAUGUUGGUGGCGGUGACAACAAGAAGAUGCGUCCUGGAGAUUACCAGUAUGGAGGUGAACGUGACAGGGGAGGUGGAGGUAGAUGGGGACAAGAUGACAACUCUUCUCAUAAGACAGAGCCAGACCAACGUGCUGUUAAGGAUAACCCAGAUGAGUUAUCGGAAGCCGAAAAGGCCUUUGAUAUACAGUUUAAGCAGUGGGAAGAGCAGUUCAACAAAUGGAAGGAGCAAAAUAUCAACCAUCCAGAUAAGGUACAGUACAGAGAGUAUGAAGCAAAAUGGGAGAAUUGGCGAGCACAGCUGCUUCACAGGAGAGAGCAAAUGCGCCGUAAGCGAGAAAAUUCUAAUAAAACUGUGGAUCCAAACCGAGCUGGUCGUGGAAAGCCUAACCGUGACCGCAACAGUGUGAGUAGUGGUCCUCCUGUGGGAGGAUACUUCACUACUCCUCCACAGGGGGAUCAACAGCAACAUCAAGAACAGCAACAAGACCAAAAGCAGCAACAAGAUGACCAACAGCAAACACAGCUGAAUCCUGACACUGACUACCGCCAGACACCUGCCAAACAAGAGGGGGGUGGGGUAACUGACACAGAGCAGAAGACAGAACCAGAUGACGGCAGUGGCAUUCAGGCAUCUGCAGAGACAGACCAAUCUCAGACAGGUCAGGAUGGCACAGAAGGGAGGGACGUAAAAGAAGAAACAGCGGAGAAACCCCCUAAAUCUAGCCCUGUGAAAGAUGGUGUGAUCCCAGGCUUGGAUCUAUUAACAAAUGAUGGGGAGAAGAAAGAAUCUGCAGACGGACAUGGGGCCACUGAAGAAACCGAAAAUAGUGCCAAAGACACAGAUGAUCGUGCAGACCACUUGACAUCUGCGUCAGGCCAAGACUCCACUUUUUUGAAUCAGAAUGCUGGUGGACAAAACUCCACUGGGGCCCAGGGAUCAUCAUUUAUUGACCAGAGUUCACUGCAGCCUAACAAACAAGAGGAGGAUAGUGGAAAUCAUGAAUUGGACAGUUCUUCCGAAUUGCAGACAACUAAACAGUAUGGCAAUAGAGAAGCUCCCACUGGGCAGAGCAUGGGCCAGGCUAGUGGAAACACACAGUUUACAAAUCAGCCUCCUCCACUUUUUGGAAGCCAGCCACUGGGAGGUUCUGACAAUAGGGGCCCACCACCUCCCUUUGGCAAGGGUGGAUUUGCAAAUCCCCCACCAGGUGUACCCCCUCAGUUCGGCGGAGCAAAUCAGCUACCACCCAGUCAACAGUAUGGGAACCAAAAUUUCCAGCCAGGACCUGGCAAUCAAUUCGGAGGCCCACAGUCUGGACCAGGAGGUCCCAACAGAGGUCCUCCACCAUUCGGAGGUAAUUUUGGACAGCCUCCUCCAAAUGCCCAGGGAUUCGGCAACCAGGGGCCACCAAACUUCGGUAGGGGCGGUCCCGGAGGUCCACAAGGUUUUGGAGGGCCGAGAGGACCACCGAAUUUCGGAAACAAUCCGCCAGGUGGUCUGGGUGGAUUUGGCAAUCAGGGACCACCAGGAGGACCCGGUGGGUUUGGAAAUCAGGGAAGAGGCCGUGAUGGACCACCGUUCGGAAGUGGAGGCCCUAGAUUUGGAAGCGGUCAGAGUUUUCCUCAGGGAGGACCGAAACCUUGGGCUUCUGAUGACUGGCAAAAGCCCCCGAUCAAAGAGGGAGGUGGUCUCCUGGGAAAUUAUCCUGCCGAGAAAGAUAAUACUGACAGGGAACGCCCUCCAGGAUACCCUCCGCCUCUGCUAGGUCCUCGCGAACUUCGUCGCGACCAAGACUUUGGCGGCUUUCGCGGAGGCAGAGGCGGACCUAUGGGUCGAGGUGGGGGGCGUGGGGGUUGGCAACACAGGGGAGGUCGAGGAAGGUUUGGGCCGGGGCCAGGGCCACCAGAAGAUGGACGUGGCGGCAAUGACCAGGAUGAAGACCUCUAUACAGACCCAUUUGCUGACUCUCCAGAUGAAAUUGGGGCGUCAUCACAGGGGGGUGACGGCGAAUGGUGCCACGGUGAUGAACCACCCCCUGAGCCACGUGGCUUGUGGCAGCGGGGACCCAGGUUCAAUUCUCCCUCUCCGUGGGGUGCAGAUGGGACUGAAUACAGCGAGUGGUCAGAUGGUCCCGACAGGUACGCUUCCAAGAGAGACGCUUACGCUCCUCGAGGCCCCCCUGGACGUGGAGGUGGGUGGGCACCUGAUGCCACCCAAUCCCCUGGACGUGCAGGUGGGUGGGCACCUGAUGCCCCACACCCCGCUGGACGUGCAGGGGGUUGGGCAUCUGAGGUCCCUGCCAUUGACCACCUGGAGCCGGCCACAGUCGUCGACUACGGCCACCGUCCUGCGACCGGGCCCCCAAGCAAAGAUGCUGCGGGUACGAAGCCUACCCAGUUUUCUGAGCCGGUGCAGACAUUUGACUAUGGCCACGGCUCGAGAAGAUCUGGCUCUGCUCCUACACCUGGUCCUGCUCCUGUCACUGCUGCUCCUCCAGAUGGCUGGCGACGCAGUGACGAACCGACAUUCCGUGGCAACAGAGCUGAUCAAGAUAACAGGUUCUUUGGUAACAGAACUGAUCGUGAUAACAGAUUUCCUAGUGGCGUAGGUGAUCAGGCCAAUCUGUUCCCAAGUGGCCGAACUGAAAAAGAUAACUGGUUUCCCAGCGGUCGAGGCGAUCAGGACAACAGGUUUCCUGGCAGCCGUGGUGACCAGGACUCCAGGUUUCCUGGCAACCGAGGCGACCAGGACAGUAGGUUUCCCGGCAGUCGAGGUGACCAGGAUAUUAGGUUUCCCAGUGGUCGAGGUGACCAGGACAGUAGGUUUCCUAGCAGUCGAGGCGACCAGGAUGGUAGGUUUCCCAGCAGCCGAGGUGACCAGGAUAAUAGGUUUCUUGCAGGCAGAACGGAAGAAGAGAGCAGAUUUUUAGGGAGCAGAGAGAGGGAAUGGCAUGGCUCCGACCGGGACCGCGAGAGCAGAGACCGGGAACGUGACAAGGAGAGAGACAGAGACAGGGACAGAGACAGGGAGAGAGACAGGGACAGGGAACGUGAGAGGGAGAGGGACAGGCUAAGCCGCGACAGAGAGCGUGACAGGGACAGAGAGCGCGACAGGGACCGGGACCGCGAGCGGGAUAGGGACAGAGACAGAGACAGGGAGAGGGAUAGAGACAGGGACAGAGAGAGGGAUAGAGACAGGGACAGGGACUGGGAGAGGGAGAGGGACCGGGACAGGGAUCGAGACCGGGACAGAGAGAGGGACCGUGGCAGAGACCGGGACCGGGACCGCGACAGGGACGAUUACGCAAAGCGUGAUCGGGAUAUGCGGUGGGAGCGCGAUAGGCCACCACGAGAUGCCGAUGACAGGAGCAAAGACGACAGAGUAAAAGAGAGAAUGUCACGGUGGGAAGAAUCUGAAAGAAACAGAUUCAGUAAUAGCAGUGAUCGUUGGGGACCAAAGGGAGGCAGUCGUGGAUAUGACAGUCGAGACAGAAUGCCACUGAACUCGUUCGACAAUGACAGCCAGGCCCAGAAUGCCCUUGCAGAUGCGGCGCCCCCUCCUCCGCCGCCCCCUCCCAUCAGCAACAACUCAGCAAUUGGCGACGGCAUCCCAGCCACUAUGGAUGGACCCCCGCCGCCUCCCUCACUUGCUCCUUCGACUCAGGAACCAGUCGUACGUUCUGUCAUGGUGGAAGACUUGCUGCAGAGUCCUGGGAGACUGCAACGCCCCACCAGGAUCGUCGUCAUACUUCGAGGUCCUCCCGGGUCUGGGAAGACAUUUGUCGCAAAACUCAUCAAGGAUAAAGAAGUUGAAAUGGGUGGUUCAGCUCCUAGAAUUCUCUGCCUUGAUGAUUACUUUAUGGUCGAAUCUGAGAAAGAAGAUAAAGAUCCAGAAACAGGGCGGAAGAUUAUUACCAAGGUGAUGGUGUACGAGUAUGAAGCAGGAAUGGAUAAGCAUUACCAUGGUUCAUUGUUGAAAGCAUUCAAGAAAACAGUGAAUGAUGGAUACUUUCCCUUUAUAAUUGUUGACUGCAUCAAUGAUAAAGUAAAGCAAUUUGAAGAAAUGUGGAGCUAUGCAAAGCAGAAGGGUUUUCAGGUAUACAUCUGUGAAAUGGAUAUGGACGCUUCAGUGUGCUCGAAGAGGAACAUCCACAAUCGUUCAGAGAAAGACAUCAGUGAGAUCAUCGAAAACUGGGAGCCUACUCCGAAACACUACCUCCGCCUUGAUGUUCGCUCAUUGCUACAAUCGGUCGCUAUCACAGAGGUGGAAAUGGAAGAUACUGCUGCUGAUGUGGAAAAGGACGACUCAAAAGCUGUAACUGAAACACAAGACAGUAUAGCUGACAAGGAACCAGAGGGAGAUGAAACUGAGAAGGAUGGUGAUGAGGAGUUGGAGAACAGCACUACGUACACGAGCAAGUGGGAGCGCAUGGAGCCUUCUGGUGAUAAACUGAAUCGGCUUGACGGGCUUGGGAGGAUGCAGAGGGCGAGCCACUCCGACUCAAAGCCGCGCUCCCUGGAAGACUGGCUUCAGUUAAGUGACGAGUAUGUGCAGCGAGAAGCUACACCGGGAAAGAAGCGGGUUCGCUGGGCCGAUUUAGAAGAGAAGCGCGAACAGGAGAAGAUGCGUGCCAUUGGCUUUGUGGUCGGCCAGACCGAUUGGGCACGAAUGACAGAUCCUACUUUUGGAGAGGGUGCACUGACGCAGACCAAGUACAUUUAGAAGAGAGUAAGGUGGCCACUGCCAGUGCUACACUUGUAAAUAAAACCCAAGUUUAGUAUUGCUGCGUAGUUCCCAGCUGUUGGACAAACUGAAAGAAUGUAGAAUCAAGUGCUGUGCUGUUCUACACUCUCUGAGAUGCUAAGGGUGGAUUGCAAAUCUUCCAGUAUCUUUCCAUUACUUUUUACGCGACCACUUUGGUCGAGGGUACCUGAUUUUUUUUGCGGUUGAGCUCACAGCGGGAUAUUAAAUAAUUCAUCUAGCGCUUUUCUGUUAGUGCAAUGUCUCGAUGUUUCGUAUUUCUUGUACAUGUGUUCCACUGAUUGAUUUGAGGAGAUGACAAGGAAGAACAAAGCUGCAAAGUAUUUUCCAAGUAAAUGCAGGAUGAUCAAAAGACAGUUACUUGCUCCAUGCAAUUUUACCUUCUGUAUAAGGUGUCCUCUUCUAUUUCUAACAAAAUGGAAAAAAAUACUGCUUUUAAUAAGCUAGUACAACAUUCCUGUCAUGUGCUUGGAUUUUGAUCAAGCCCUUUGAAUUCAGAAUAAAAGCAUUAUUUUUCAUCAUGUAUUGACAUGCCUUUUUAGGGCUUUUUAUGAUACCGGUUUAAUUUUUUCACCUAACCUUAUCAAUUAUUUAAAGCUGUUCAUUUUGGCGGAUUUGCACGUCUCAUAACAUUUAAUCAUUAGCACUUCCCUUUACUUACUUGCUUUAUUUUCAUGAUGUCUAGAGCAUUAAUGAAAUGCAUCUUGCAAGAUGCAGUCAGUUUAGUGCUUGUACAAAGUGAAAAUUUACUUCUGUUUGUAUUGUAAUGUUGAUGAAGAAUAGAGUCUCUGCAGUUUUAUGCUGUUUCUACUCUGAAAUAUACAUGGCAUCAAUUUGUUGUUAGAACUAUAAUGUUUCUAAAUAAAUGUUGUGUGAUCAGCUCAGUGUGAUUUAAACAACCUGAACAUACACAGUAUGUGUCCAUGGUGAAUAAACCACGUACAAUUAUUGCAUCACCUAUAUUCUGAAUGUUGUACACUUAUUCAACAUUGUUGUUUUAAUAACGUUGGAUGUAGCUUUGCACAAGUUUCGUCAUUCUCACUCAACGGGAUGGAAAUUUGAACAACUUGGAGGCACGAUAAGAUGUAAUGAAUAACUUAUUAGAAAUAGUGCAACUUGUAUUUUUGUAUUGCAUGUAAAUCAUUUCAUGUUUCAGUCUACCAAAAAAAAAAAAAGUGUAGUGCAAUUUUCAAAUAUAAUAAAGAAAUGACACAUUUCAA